CCAACCAGCAACACUUUUGUCAAUUUCUCACACAUAAUUUGCUUUUAUUUCUUGGAAAAAUAUAUAUAUAGAAAAGAGUAUCUUUAUUUUUCUUUUUGGUGCAAUUUAGUUAUUUAUUUUAUUUAUUGAUAAACAGUUGGAACUCAAGCUCAAUUGCAAGUUCAUUUUCAACAUUGUUGCUGGAAGUGUGGGAGAAAUGGGACGUGAGGGGAAUGGUUCUUUUUAGUCUCCUAUUACAAAUUGUCCUCUAUAUCUUAGGUAGCCGGAGGAAACACAGGCUUAAACGUUUCUUCAAAACCAUUCUAUGGUUUGCCUACUUAGGUGCUGACUGGAUUGCCCUUGCUACUUUGGGCAAGCUUUCAAGUUCCCAUACUGAAACUCCCACCACCAAUGUUUUAAGAGGAUAUUGGGCUCCUUUACUCUUGCUACAUCUUGGUGGCCCUGACACCAUCACAGCUUAUGCUUUUGAAGAUAACAAGCUUUGGAUUAGGCACCUCCUCAUCCUUAUUGUCAAAGCCAUUUUUGUUGUUUAUGUCGUUUGUUUGUCGUGGACCUUUUCCUGGCUUUCAUUUUUGGGUUUCCCUCUCAUCUUAGCUGGAAUUAUUAAGUAUGUAGAAAAGAUAUUAUGUCUCAAGUUGAAUAAUUCACAGAAAACAAAAUCAGUCAUUUCUGAUAGCUUUAACCCUCGAGGUCAUCCUCAUUCCAAUUUUAAUCAAACCCUUGAUCACCUUCUAAAAGAUGACCCAACUGUGAUGCUUGGUUAUCUAUUGUUUACAAUUAUGAGACCUGAUGUCAAUGAUUACCUCUCCUUUCAUAGAGUUUCCUCUGCUCUCACAAGGUUACAAACUCGUGUCAAGAACACUACAAAUAUAGAUGACCCUCUUGUCCUCUUUGAGAAAUUUGACUAUAUUUUUGAAUUCACUCAGCCUCAGCGUUGGGACAUAUUUGUUGUUGAACUAGAAUUUAUAUUUGAUGUGGUUUACACCAAAGCUGCUUUGAUAUAUACCAAGUUAGGAUGUUUUUUGCGCCUCACCAGUUUCGUGAGCUCCUUCUCGGUUCUACUACUCUUCUUCAUCAGCAUCAUUAAUGAGCCCAAAUUUCAAUUCUCAAGAGUUGAUCUUGCCAUAACGGGCAUCUUAUUGACCGGAGCUAUUGCACUGGAACUUUAUGCAGCAUGGUUAAUGCUUUCUUCUGAUUGGGCAAUUCUUGUUGCUGCAUUUCAUCACAAUAUGUUGGUACGCAAAAUGUUUUGGGCCGCCUUAAAGGGCUUCCGUUGGUUGUUGCAUCGAAGGAAAAGGUGGUCAAAUCACUUAGGCCAAUUUGAUCUGUUGAAAUACUGUUGGCGUUACAAGAAAAAGCAGGACAUAAGGAAUUUCAUGAAACCUAUUACAUCGUUCAUAAUGAGCAAAUCCCAAUGGCCUUCAAGGGGAAAAAGAGCACUAGAAGACAACAAGGAAUAUGAUAAUCUAGUUUGGAGCAUUGAAUUGGAGUUUGAUUAUAGCAUCAUAAUAUGGCACCUUGCCACAAGUGUUUGCUACUUACAAGAGGAUCAUGAUAACGAUGAAGCCAGUGUUUGCUACUUGCAAGGGGAUCAUGAUGACGAUGAAGCCAGUGUUUGCUUCUCGGAAGAGGAUCAACAUAAAAAUAAAGCCAGGGAAACCAGUAAACUUGUAUCAGAUUACAUGAUGUAUCUGCUGGCCAUGUGUCCUGCCAUGAUAUUGCCCGACCACAGCAAGAAUUUUUGGCUUGAUGAAACUUGUGACGAACUUAAAGAACAUUUGUUUUCUGCAACUGAUGAUAUAACAAAUGCCGCUUCGACAUUACUUUCUAAUCUAGAUAAUGUUCGUGAUGAAGAGGAGCUUGAAUCUAGUCAGUUAGCAGUGGAAAACCUACAGGGAGAUGAGUUUAAACCCAGUGAGAUGACAUUUAAGCACCUACAGAAAGAUGUGUCCAACCUAGUCACAUCGCUAAAGAAAUCAGAAAACAAAUGGAUGAUGAUUAGGGAUGUCUGGACAGAAAUGCUUGUCUAUGCAGCGAUUUCAAAUAGACACAUUAGUCACGUUAGGCUACUAGGAGAAGGCAUUGAAUUCCUCUCACUUAUCUGGCUUUUUGCUAGCCUUAAUUUUAUAUUCUAUACUCUUGUAACUUUUGUUUAGCGUGACCGACAUGUAUGGGCUGGGCAAUCUUACGUUUCAUGAUGAAUUACAGCGUACAAUCUAGUCCAAGAAGUAGAAUAAUGCAAUUUAUGUUUCUUUUCUAAUAAAUUUGUAUUUUGUAU